GCCACGCCCCCGAACUAGGGAUUGGGUCAAAGGUCAGGGGCGGGGCGAGGUGGCGGGGGCUCAGGGCACGGCACGGCCCGGGCCAUGGAGCAGACGCAGCUGCUGCAGUGGGAGGAGGAGCAGGAGGACGAGGCCCCCGCGGACCCCGGGCGCCCCGUGGGGAGGCUGCGGGUGCUGGGGGGCCGCCACGGCCCGGAGAGAGACAUCUGGAUCUACCCUGGUGAGAACGUGGUCGGACGUCUCCCCAGCUGCCCCGUGCACCUGCCGGUGCCCUCCGUGUCCAAGCUGCAUGCAGUGAUUGAAGCACCAAGGCCUGGGCCUGGAUACCCACACCUGCUCUGGGACCGUGGCAGUCUCAAUCGCACGCGGCGCGGCCGUGCCGUGCUCCAGCCCCACGUCCGCUACGCUCUGGCCCAUGGCGACACCCUGCUGUUUGGCGACGUGGGCUGCCAGUACUUCCUGCUGCCCCCUGGGGAAUCUGCAGCCUCCCCCCUGCACUGUCUGACCGUGGAGGAGACACCAACCCCAUGCAGGCGUAGGAUGGGUGCUGGGGCCCAGUUGGCUCAGGAGUCAGAGGUGAAGAAAAAAAGAUGGCGUGGAGGGUCAGAGGCCUGCACACAGGGCAGCGGCAGCCUAGGAUCUCCACCCCCCAACACCGUGGUGCCUGAGAGUGACGAGGAAGCUGAGGAUGCCCCCAGCCCUUCCUCCCACCUCUGCUUCAAUACCCAAGGAGGGGCAGCGACACCGAGGGGCUGGGCACCUCCCUCUGCCCCAGAGUUGCUGGAUGUGGAGCCCCCAAGCCAGGAUCCAGAUGUGCCGGGAUCAAAGACCUGUGGUUGGGAGCUCCUGGCGGGGGACAUACACAUGGACACAGAGGGGACCAAGGAUCCAGAUGUUGUAGGUUCACAGAGCCGUCUGUCUGUGAUUGAAGUGGCUGGCAACACAGGUACGCAAGACAGAGAGGGGAAUCCAGAUAUUGUGGUUUCCCAGGGCCGACGGUCCUCCUCGGAAGCAGACAGCAAUCCAGAUGUGGAGGAUGGGUUUGGGGUUCCAGAUGUUGUAGGUCCACCAAGCCAUCAGCCUGCCAUUGAGGUGUGCAGCGACACAGCUGUGGAAUACGUUAACAGGAAGCCAAGUGUUGAGGUUCCCCAGAGCUGUCAGCCUGCUGUCCAAGCGGCGAGUGACACACAUGUGGAAGUCGAGGGUGGGUUUCCAGAUGUUGUAGAUUCACAGAACCGUCGGUCCACCGGGGAGGUAAGCAGCAAAACAGCUGCAGAGAAUGGAGAUGGGAAUCCAGAUGUUGAGGUUCUCCAGAGUCCUCAUCUAACUGUUGAGGUGGGCAGAGACACAGAUGUGGAGGAUGGUGAUGGGAUUCCAGAUGUUGUGGUUGCCCAGAGCCAUCGGCUCGCCAUUAAGGUGGGCAGUAACACAGCUGCAGAUAAUGGUGAUGGAAAUCCAGAAGUUGAGGAUCUUCAGAGCUUUCGGCCAGCUGUUGCUGCGAACAGUGACACAGAUGUGGAGGAGAUGGAUGGAAAUCCAGAUGUAGCUGGUACCCAGAGGCAUCGACUGGACCUUGAAGUGGGCAGUGAUACUGAUGUGGAAGAGGCAGAUGGGCAUUCAGAUGUUGCAGGACCUCAGAGCCAUCAGCCCUCCAUGAAGCGGGGUAGCCAUACAGCUACAGAGAACGUUGGUGGGAAUUCAGGUGUUGUGGUUCCCCAGGACUGUCGGCCAGCCGAUAAAGUGGGAAGCAGUACAGAUGUGGAGGAUGGCAAUAAGAUUCCAGAUGUUGUAGGUCCACAUAACCAUCAGCCUGCCACUAAGGCAUGCAGCGACACACCUGUGGAAAACAGUGAUGUGAAUCCUGAUGUUGAGGCUCUCCAAAGCCAUCAGCUGGCCUUUGAAGUGGGCUGUGACACAGAUGUGGAGGACAGUGAUGGGAUUCCUGAUGUUGUAGGUUCACAGAGCUGUUGGCCCACUGUGAAGGUGGGCAGGAACAGAGCUGUAAAGAACGGUGAUGGAAAUCCAGAUGUUGUGGCUGCCCAGAGCACUUGGCCCACUGUUGAGGUGGACAGUGAUACAGAUGUGGAGGACAAUGACAGGAUUCCAGAUGUGGCAGGGCCCCAGAACCAUCGGGCAGCCACUAAGGUGGGCAGCGACACAGCUGUGGAGCGCAUUAAUGGGAAUCCAGACAUUGAGGUUCUCCAGGGCCAUCAGCCCGCAAUUGGGAUGGACAGUGAUACGGAUGUGGAGGAUGGGGAUGGGAUUCCAGAUGUUGUAGGUCCCCAGAGCCAUCAGCCUGCCACUAAGGUGGGCGGCAACCUAGAUGUGGAGAAUGUGAAUGGGAAGCUAGAUGUUCAAGUUCCCCAGGGCCAUCAAUCCAACGUCAGGGUGGACAGUGAUACAGAUGUGGAAGGUGGGGAUGGAAUUCCAGAUGUUAUAGGUUCCCAGCGCCAUCAGCCUGCCACUAAGGUGGGUGGCAACCCAGCUGUGGAGAACGAUGGGAACCCAGAUGUUGAAGUUCUCCAGAGCUGUUGGCCCACUGUCGAGAUGGACAGUGAUACAGAUGUGGAGGAUGGUGAUGGGCUUCCAGAUGUGACAGGUCCCCAGAGCCAUCGACCUGCCUUUAAAGCGGACAGCGACACCGAUGUGGAGGUGGAUGAGAUUCCAGAUGUUGUGGGUCCACCCAGGCAUCAGCCAGCUGUUGAGGUGGCCAGCGACACAAAUGUGGAGGAUAGUGAUGGGAAUCCAGAAGUGGGAGUAGUGGCCAAACCGGCUGCAGCACCUCCCCAGGCUCUCCAGCCCCUCGAACCUGGGGCUCCUGAUCCAGAUGUGGAGGCCCCCCAGCCCCACUCAUCCCCUUGGCCAGCAUCUGGGGACAACAGUGAAACUGAUGCCAAGGAUGACCCUGACCUGGCACUGCAGGCCACCCAGUGCUACCUGGACAGCAAGGCUGGAGCCUCUGACGUCUGGAUCUACCCCGGCGAGAACGCGGUGGGCCGCCUCCCCAGCUGCCCCGUGCACCUGCCGGCGCCCUCGGUGUCGAAGGUCCACGCGGUGAUCGAAACGCCAGGGCCUCGGCCCGGACACCCGCACCUGCUCUGGGACCGCGGCAGCCUCAAUCGCACGCGGCGCGGCCGUGCCGUGCUCCAGCCCCACGUCCGCUAUGCCCUGGCCCAUGGCGACACCCUGCUCUUCGGUGACGUGGGCUGCCAGUACUUCCUGCUGCCCCCGGGGCAAGCCGCAGCCUCCCCCCUGCCCUGUGUGGCCGUGGAGGAGACGCCAACCCCGGGCAGGCGUAGGGCAGGCGCCGGGGCCCUGUUGGCUCAGAGCUCGGAAGAGGAGAAGGCAAGACCACACGUAGGGUCAGAGGCCUCCACGCGGGGCAGCGGCAGCCUAGGAUCUCCACCCCACAACACCGUGGUGCCUGAGAGCGACGAAGAAACUGAGGAUGCCCCCAGCCUCUCUCCCCACCUCUGCUUCAAUACUCCAGGGGGUGCAGCAACAUCAGGGGGGCAGACACCUCCCCCUGCCCCAGAGCCACCAGAUGUGGAGCCCCUAGGCCAGGAUCCAGAUGUUCCUGGACCAAAGACCUGUGGAUGGGAGCUCCUGGCGGGGGGCAGAUGUACAGACACAAAGGGGACCAAGGAUCCAGAUGUGGGUUCCCAGAGCCAUCAGCCAGCUGUGGAGGUGGGCAGCAUCAUGGAUGUGGAGGAUGGUGACAGGCUUUCAGAUGUGACAGAUCCCCAGAGCAGCCAGCCUGCCUUUAAAGCGGACAGCGACACUGAUGUAGAGGAGAUUCCAGAUGUUGUAGGUCCACCCAGCCAUCAGCCAGCUGUUGAGGUGGGCAGUGACACUGAUGUGGAGGAUGGUGACAGGAAUCCAGAGGUGGGGGUGGCAGCCCAACUGACUGCAGCAUCUCCCCGGGCUCUCGAGCCCCUUGCACUUGGAGCUCCUGAUCCAGAUUUGGAGGCCCCCCAGCCCCGCCCAUCCUCUUGGCCAUCAUCUGGGGACGACAGUGAGACUGAUGCGGAAGAUGACCCCAACCUGGCAUUGGAGGCCACCCAGUGCUACGUGGGCAACGAGGCUGGAGCCCCCGCCCCCGGCCUGGAGGAAGAGGAGGCCACCCAGAGGUUCUCCUUCGGGACCCAGUGCCGGGCAGGGGAAGUGGAGUCAGACGAGGAGCUCUACGUGGAACAGGCCACCCAGGCCUUCGUUGCCCAGGAGGAGGAGAUGCAGCCCCUGCCCAUGGCACCGCCCCCAGCACCGCCCCCGGCACCUGGGGGAAAGCAGCACCCACCCAGUGGGGCCACGUUGGAGCCCCCAGAUGGCACCAGACUGGAGCCCACCCCGAAGCCAGAGGAGGAGACUCAGCCUGUGGCACCAGGCCGUGGCACCCCACACGGGCCCAGCCCAGCACUGCAGGGCCCUGUGGACGGGGAGCCAGGGAGGCUGCAGCUGGAGGGCACCAGGGCCGUCCCCUCACUUGCAGAGCCCCAGCUUGGGGACAGCACUGAGGUCCCAGCAACCCCAGAAGAGGAGGCGGCAGCUCUGGCUGCUAGGAGGCGCCGCAGCCUGCGCUCAAGCUCUGCCCCGAGCCCUGCCCCCGCCCCUGCCCCCGCCCCCACCACUGCCCCUGUCCUUCGACGCAGCCAGCGGCGCCGGGCAGAGGCCACCCCACCAAAGCCUCCCCAGAGGCACAGAACCCAGGGCUCAAGUGGUCUCAAGGCCCCAGGGGAUGCUGGGAGCAAGGCCAGGGCCCCAGAGGAUGCUGAGAGAGAGGCCAGCCAAAGCAAGGAGCCGGAGCAUCACCCAGAGACCCUGCGAGACCGCCCCACCCGCCAGCGGGCAGCCACCGCGCCCCGGGAGCCAGAGCAUCACCCGGAGACCCUGCGAGACCGCCCCACCCGCCAGCGGGCAGCCACCGCGCCCCGGGCUCAUGGCCAGGGCUGUGUGAGCCCCUCUGUCCCACAGGUGCUGUUCACAGGUGUGGUGGAUGCGGCAGGUGAGCAAGCGGUGGUAGUGCUGGGCGGGACCUUGGCCGACUCUGUUUUCGAGUGCACCCACCUGGUGACCGACCGCGUCCGCCGCACGCUCAAAUUCCUGUGUGCUCUUGCUCGCGGCGUUCCCAUCGUCACCCCUGCCUGGCUUGACCAGAGCAAGCGCAGCCACUGCUUCCUGGAGCCCAGCGGGUUCGUGGUUCAAGACCCAGAGCAGGAGGAGAACUUCGGGUUCAGCUUGACCCAGUCGCUGCGGCGGGCACGACGUGGGGCCUUGCUCCAGGGCUAUGAGAUCCACGUCACCCGCCAUGUCCAGCCAGAGCCUGAGCGAAUGAAAGAGUUAAUAGUCUGCAGUGGGGGUCUCUUCCUACCCAGAAUGCCGCGGGCCUACAAGCCCAAGCGCCUGGUGCUCUCAUGCGUUGCCGACCUGCCCUGCUGCCGCCCUGCCCUGGCCGUGGGUCUGCCUGUGGCCUCGGCGGAGUUCCUGCUCACCGGGGUCCUGAGGCAGGAGGCUGAGCUGGGCCCUUACUGCCUGGACCAACCCCAGCCACUGGCACAGCCAGCCCCCUCCACCCGGAAGAGGAAGGGAGCAGCUGGCUCCUCUGGAACCACCAAGCGCCGGCACUGACAGGGUUAAUGCCCUGGGAGGUUGGGGGGGGGCUGUUCCUAUAGAUGACUAUAUUUUUCAAUAAAGUGACUUUUGCAGGAAAAAAA